GUCUCGGAUGUUGUGCUGGAGCCAUACAAUGCUACUCUGUCAGUUCAUCAGUUAGUUGAAAAUACAGAUGAGACAUUUUGUAUUGACAACGAAGCGUUGUAUGAUAUUUGUUUUCGAACUUUGAAAUUAACAAAUCCCAAUUAUGGCGAUCUCAACCAUUUGGUCUCAAUGACAAUGUCUGGAGUGACAACCUGUCUUCGUUUUCCUGGCCAACUUAAUGCUGAUCUCCGUAAAUUGGCGGUAAAUAUGGUUCCGUUCCCACGUUUGCAUUUCUUUAUACCAGGAUUUGCACCACUUUUUGCACGCGGCGCAGCUGCCUAUCGCGCUGUUACGGUCGGUGAACUUACGCAACAGGUUUUCGAUGCAAAGAACAUGAUGGCAGCAUGUGAUCCACGACAUGGCCGUUACCUUACGGUUGCGGUUAUGUUCAGGGGCAUAAUGUCGAUGCGUGAAGUGGACAAUCAGAUGUUCAACGUGCAAGACAAGAAUUCAUCGUAUUUCGUGGAAUGGAUUCCGAACAACGUCAAAACAGCUGUUUGCGAUAUUCCACCACGCGGCUUGAAAAUGAGUGCCACUUUUAUUGGUAAUUCGACAGCUAUUCAGGAGAUCUUCAAACGUAUCUCGGAGCAGUUUACUGCGAUGUUCCGUCGUAAGGCUUUCCUUCAUUGGUACACUGGUGAAGGGAUGGAUGAAAUGGAAUUUACCGAGGCAGAGAGCAACAUGAAUGAUCUGGUAUCGGAAUAUCAGCAGUACCAGGAUGCUACCGUAGAGGAUGAAGGUGAAUACGAUGAAGGUGACAGUCAUGAAUACCAGAACCAAAUUGAGGCGGAAUAUUAA